AUGCAUUCCCAUAACCCUACCUGGGACGAUUGCCAACAGCUUCUUACUGCGCUGUUAACGACUGCUGAACAUAAAAGGACUCUGGUAAGGGGGGCAAAUGGCAGUAGAUACAGACCAUGGACAACCACUCAGACUAUGGAUAUAGGUAGAGGAAAAAUUCACCACUCCUUCUUGGUUUUGCCUGAUUGCCCGUUACCUCUACUAGGAAGGGAUUUACUAACUAAGCUCCAGGCCUGAAUCACCUUCACGGAACAUCAGCCACUUACUGAAUUCCUAAAUCCAGCCAUGAGUUUAGCGGAAAUCACUGGAAUAGGGAUGGCCGUGGAACAACCUCCAAUAAUUGUUACUUUAAAAACUUCUGCUACCCCUAUCAGGGUAAAACAAUACUAUAUGUCCCAGGAAGCCAGACAAGGGAUUCGGCCACAUAUUCAGUCUUGUUUCCGACAAGGGAUCCUAGUUCCAUGUCAAUCCCCCUGGAAUACCCUUCUUCCAGUCAAGAAACCUGGCUCCAAUGAUUACCAGCCUGUACAGGACCUGCGGGAAGUCAAUUCCAGGGUGGAGACAAUUCAUCCCACCAUCCUGAAUCCUCAUACCUUACUCAGCAGCUUAGAUCCCAGCCGGGUGUGGUACACAGUCCUAGAUCUAAAAGACUUCUUUUGCCUGCGCCUACACCCAGGUAGCUAGUCACUGUUUGCCUUUGAAUGGAACAAUCCUGAGGUGGGUAUUUCAGGCCAAUUGACCUGGACCCGGCUCCCUCAAGGUUUUAAAAAUUCUCCCACCAUUUUUGAUGAGGCUCUCCACCGGGACCUUCAUGAUUUCCGGGUAGCCCAUCCGGAACUGACUCUCUUACAGUAUGUCGAUGACUUACUUUUGGCGGCUGAAGAUCUCACAACCUGUAAACAAGGUACGCUUGCCCUGCUCUCUACUCUAGCUACCUUAGGAUAUCGGGCCUCAAUCAGAAAGGCUCAACUCUGCCGCACUAAGGUCAUCUUUUUGGGAUAUCGAAUAGAACAAGGACAGAGGUGGCUGACCAAGGCCAGAAAACAAACAGUGACCCAGAUUCCGCCUCCUAGGAAGACAAAACUCCGAGAGUUCCUGGGGACUGCCGGGUUUUGUCGGUUAUGGAUCCCGGGGUUUGCCAAUCUGGCAGCUCCCCUCUACCUCCUCACAAAAGAGGGGACUCCAUAUGAGUGGGGAGAAUCCCAACAGCGGGCAUUUGAUGACCUGAAGUGGGCAUUACUCGGUGCCCCUGCCUUAGCCCUACCAAAUGUUAGCAAACCCUUCACCUUGUUUGUGGACGAAAAACGGGGGGUAGCCAUGGGCGUUUUGACACAGACCUUAGGUCCAUGGAAACGCCCGGUCGCCUACCUUUCAAAACAGCUAGACUCUGUGGCUGCUGGCUGGCCACGUUGCCUAAAAAUUAUCGCAGCAACAGCACUGCUGCUCAAGGACUCAGAUAAACUGACUUUCGGACAAUGCACCACCAUAAUAGCCCCGCACGCUCUUGAGAGUGUGGCCCGCCAACCUCCAGACAGGUGGCUCUCUAAUGCCCGCAUUACCCACUAUCAGAGCCUGCUUUUGGACAAAGACCGUAUCCGGUUUGGAAAUCCAGUCCACCUAAACCCUGCCACCUUGCUCCCCGUACCUGACCAGGGGCCAGUCCUGCAUUCAUGCCACGAUAUUUUGGCUGAAGAAACCGGGACAAGUCCAGAUUUACAGGACACACGUCUUGGGGACCCUGAUAUGGUCCUAUUUACUGAUGGGAGCAGCGACUUACACAAUGGGGCAAGAGUGGCGGGGGCAGUGGUAUUAACUGUCCGAUGUAUGUGGUCAGCACCUCUGCCGCCAGGUACCUCGGCUCAAAAGGCAGAGCUGAUUGCACUAACCUGGGCUCUUCACCUAGUUGAGAACAAACGGGCGAACAUCUACACUAACAGUCGUGAUGCGUUUGCCACGGCUCACAUCCAUGGAGCCAUUUAUCGUCGAAGGGGGCUCCUCACCUCGGCAGGAAAAGACAUUAAAAACAAAUAGGAAAUCAUAGACUUGCUUGACGCGGUUCACCUACCAAAGGCACUCGCCAUUAUUCACUGUCCGGCUCAUCAGACCAGCUCGGACCCAGUAACUGUGGGAAAUCGGCUUGCUGAUGAAGAGGUGAGAGCGGCAGCUCUCCAGGAUUUGGCCUCUGUCCUGGUAGUGACAGCUGAGGUAUGUACUUCUACCCCCACCCCGGAGCCACUCCUUGCUGCAGAAGAAAAAGUUCGCCUCUUCCUAAUGACCGUCCAUCGCCUCACCCACUUGGGGUCCAGAAUUAUGCUCCAGCUUUUAGAAGACCAACAGCUUCCGGUCCUCCCUCCUGGACGCACUCAUUCCCUAGCUAAAGAAAUUGCUCACUCUUGUACUGCCUGUUCUGUUGUUAACCCAAUUUCUUCAGAUACCCCCUCUGGUCGGAGAGAGAGGGGAGAUUGUCCGGGCUCCUCCUGGGAAGUCGACUUCACUGAGGUAACGCCAGCUCGUUACAGUUUCAAAUUUCUCCUAGUCUUUGUGGACACCUUUUCAGGAUGGGUGGAAGCCUUCCCGACAAAGAAGGAGACGGCUUUAACAGUAUGUAAGAAAAUACUGGAAGAAAUCUUCCCUCGCUUCGGCCUACCCAAGCUUUUAGGGUCUGACAACCGGCCAGCCUUCAUAGCUCAGAUAAGCCACGGGUUAGCUAAGACACUGGGGUUCAAUUGGAAAUUACAUUGUGCAUAUCGGCCCCAGAGUUCAGGACAGGUAGAGAGGAUGAACAGAACUCUUAAAAAUCUUACAAAAUUAGCCUUGGAGACUGGUGACAAAGACUGGGUGAUGCUCCUGCCCUAUGCCCUCUUCCGUGUAAGGAACACCCCUUCCCCCUCGCGUAAAAAUCUGACCCCCUUUGAGAUCUUGUUCGGCGGGCCUCCACCCCUAAAGCUCAUGACGGGGGACGCUCUGGGGUUAGUAUCAGAUUCCGCCUCUCCCCAAGUAUUGACCACUCGCCUGUGCGCUCUGAAAGCCGUCCAACGCCAUAUUUGGAAAAAUCUGGCUGACUCAUAUCGUGUGGGCUCUGUCCUCCCUCAUUCAUUUUCUGUAGGUGACUGGGUGCUGGUCCGGAGACAUCAAGUCCGGAACCUGGAGCCACGUUGGAAGGGUCCGUACCAGGUGCUCCUGACUACACCAACUGCGUUCAAGGUCGAUGGCAUUGCCGCAUGGAUCCACGCCUCGCAUCUCAAGCCCUCCCUCCCACCUGCUAGCCAUCUAUGGACUGUGAAACGGACUCCUACUCCUCUCAAGAUCCGAGUUCGCCGGCAGAGUGCUAAGUAG